GGCGCCUUCAAGUAGCUGAAACGAAGUACAGCACAUUCGGAAGGGAACUUCUAGCUAUGUACUGUGCUAUACGUCAUUUUCGACAUUCAGUUGAGGGUCGUGAAUUCACCAUUUUCACUGACCACAAACCUCUGACGUACUCUCUGAACUCAACUUCAGAUAAGUAUUCACCCAGGGAAUCGCGACAACUAGAUUAUGUUUCACAGUUUUCAUCAGAUAUUCGCCAUGUUUCCGGAGUGAACAACACUGUGGCAGAUGCCUUGUCACGUAUUUGUUCUUUCACCCAAAUCGAUGGCAUAGACCUUGUGAAACUGGCUCGUCUUCAAAAAGAAGAUAUUGAGCUUCAGCGUGAGUUGUCGAAAACAACUCUACAACUAGCCAAGAAACCCUUAGGUAUAGGAAAGGAUACUAUUCUGUGUGACAUUUCCACUAGUACUCCUCGCCCCAUCGUGCCUAAAAGUUAUCGCCGUAACGUCUUCAAUACGUUGCAUGGCUUAUCCCAUCCAGGUAUUCGAACUACUGUCAAACUCGUAACUAGUAGGUUUUGCUGGCCUGGUAUUAACAAAGAAGUAAGGGAAUGGGCACAGACGUGUUUAGCUUGCCAAAAGUGCAAGGUAAUACGACACACUAAAAGCCCCCUUGGCACUUUUCUUAUCCCUGAUGCCCGUUUCGAACACGUCCAUAUAGAUUUAGUUGGCCCCCUUCCAGAAUCUCAUGGAUACACCUAUAUGUUAACCUGCAUCGAUCGCUUCACACGAUGGCCUGAAGCAGUACCCAUCAAGGAUAUAUCUGCUGAAACUGUCGCACGCGUCUUUGUAGAGAGAUGGAUCGCAAACUUUGGAUGCCCAUCUUCCAUAACAACUGAUCGUGGGCGGCAAUUCGAAAGCGGUUUAUUCUUCGCUUUGACUAAAAUCCUUGGUUGCAUGCGUUUUCGAACGACAGCCUACCAUCCUCAAGCGAAUGGUAUGGUAGAACGUCUACACAGACAGUUGAAAGCUGGUUUAUCAGCUGCAAAUAACACCCACUGGACUGAAUCCCUUCCGUUAGUUCUCCUAGGGAUACGAAACGCCUUAAAAACCGAUGCUGGUUGUACUACCUCUGAGCUAGUAUAUGGCACAACACUACGACUGCCAGGUGAGUUUGUUUCUCCCUCGAGCUUCCCACCAGUAGUAGAUCACUCCUCAUACGUCAGCAGGCUUACAAACGCUAUGCGUUCAGUUAAACCUGCUCCCCUCCGACCACAGUCCAUUGAUGUUUUCGUUCACCCUUGUUUAAAAACUUCUUCACAUGUAUUUGUUCGUCGCGACUCGGUACGUCGUCCUCUAGAACCCCCGUAUGACGGACCAUAUAAAGUGAUUAAACGUACUGAUAAAUUCUUCGUUUUAGACAAAAAAGGCCGCGAAGACACCGU